GCAGCUCCUUGUACUUUUUCCCUAUCGGUUGUGGAGUACAUGAAGAAAUCAUUUUUUGUGCUAAGAACAAUCAUGGGUAGACCUAGCCUACCAACAAGCAAAGGCCUGCGAAUUCUUGCGAAAAUUUGAUCUUGUAUGUUUCAUCUGCUCCGUAGGACACACACGACACUGGUGGCACACUUGCGGCCCGCACCAACAAGGUCGUCGAAGUUGGUCCUCUACUGUUGGACCUUCGUGGUCUGUCGUGUGUGAAACUGUUACAAGAACUGUACAUGAACUAUAAGAACUUCUGCGGUUAUUUUCCGUUUUCGGGGCAGAAGCAUACUACGUAGAAGAUGGCACCAGCAGAGCAGCAACCGUCCUCCGGUCCCAGAAAACAACAAGGUGAAGAGGAAGCUCCGCAAGAAUCUUCAAUCGUAAAGGACCGGACCGUAUCGGUUGACACCGAGGAGCUGUACCCCAAUCGCACGGAAAGCGUCGGUAUGUAUUGCAAAUAUGUCUGGGUCUGGAAGAAUGCAAGAUUUGUCAUGCUUGUCUGGCAUGACUGUUAACUCUGUGAUGCUUAGGCGCGAAAAGACGCACUUUCCUGUCAUGCAAAAACGAAGCCUGCCAUGCGGAAUACGCAACACACGGGAGCAUAGAAACUUGUCGUGCUUGGUCACCUAUUGCAGUGAGCUCAUUAUUCACAGAGUUGCAUCACAAGUUUCCAGACCCAGACAUUUUUGCAAUGCACAGUCGCCUCUCUCUUUUCCGACGAGCGUGCGCUGGAGCAGGUCGCCGCGAAUGUCGCGGAGAACGCAAUUUUUGGGGCGGACAAGGCUGGCGAGGAAGUUUUACACACGACUGCGGAUCAUGUUCAUGAUGCAGGAGCAGGAGGGGCACGAUUAGCAGUAAAUCAACUUCCUGGCGAUCAUGAUCAUCCUCGUGAAGAUGUUUGUUCUGCUACCACCGCGCUCCCGUCUGAUACUGCAACGGAAGCAGCACCUCCAGCAACUGCUCAGGCAGCAAUUCAGGGAUUUGGAUUUGCAGCGGCCACUGAGGAUGAGGAAACUACAACAGCAUUUCCACCAGUUGACGGCGAGCCAAGUAGAACAACAGGCGCAGACGGGGGCAGCUCGCAGCUGCCAAAGCACUCCGUUGCUGCACGUCGACAGGACGGCGCUGAAAGUUAUGAACUAGAGGAAGUGCUGAUGUCCACCGCAUCGGAGGCGGAAGAGGUCAUGCUCGCACGCGUCGCCGCGGCCGUGGUCCACCAGGUCGAGGAGAAGGUGCUAGGAGGGACGGGAAAAAUGGUCGCGGCCCCGGGUCAUGAAGUAGAUCAAGAUGAUGGUGACGCGCGAGGGGCUCCUGUACAGCCACACCAGACGACACCUCCAGGAGAUGUUGAUCAUGGAGCGCCAGAAGUUGUAGCUGCGCGAUCCGUAAUUUUUGAAGAACAAACGGCAGCACGUGAGGAUACUAGUAGAAUAAAGCAGGAGGAUGCAGCUCCUUCCGCGAAAGGCACCUCGAGCGUGAAAACCACCCGCCGGGUCAGCUUUCGUGACGACGAGGAGGAAGUCCUCGACCUCGUUCAAGCACCUGAUCUCGGAGUGCUGGGGGCACAGCCGCCAGCAGAGAACGACGUGGACAAACCGCGAGCAGAAGAAGAGCCCGGCUUCUCCGUCACGACAGAAUCGGAAACGAAAGCGUCUAGUACUGCAGCUGCAGGGCAAAAUACUGCGAAUUAUGCGAACGCCGACCUGGAAAAGUCGGAGCCGACAGAGCUUUCCCUGAAAAUAACAGCGCAAGAUCAGAUCGCCACUGAGGAGGAAGAAACAACACAUACACAAUUGAAACAACAACCGGAAAUAAAGGACGAGUUAUUUUUCGAUGACGACAGCAAUAAAGUCGAAGCUGUUACCGCAGGUUUCUGCCCGUCUUCUUCCAGUGGGUAUACCACCCCGCGCGAUGUCGGAACGGAUACGCAGUCCUCCGGGGAGGAGACCAACAAGCAAAACAAACUCGUCGCAGCCGAAGUCGUCGCAGCCAGUUCUGACGUGGCAACAGCGGCGCUGACAGACGACCGGCCUUUGAAAAUCAGUUUGGAGGUACUGUAAUAAAUGUGAAUAUUACAACAAAUCCCCACAUUCGCACUUGACUUGUUUAGGCAUAGGCUCACCAUGCUCGAUGAUGCGCGUCGAUGAAUCUUUUGCACCGUGCUGACUAUCAUGUAACGUUUGGGUUUGUGUCAACAACGUAAAGCUAGCUGAUCAUGAUUGCAAGCAUUGCACCACAACGCAUGCACAUUUUGUUUGCAAAAAAAAACUCAGAUCUCCCGUCACGAGCACGGUUCGCGCAUUGUCGGCGAGGUUUCCGCUCGCGAACUCACCGACCGAGACAAGCGUGUUUUAAACGAGGCACUGAAACUCACCAUCGACCAGUGGCAAAGCACCAGCACGGGAGCUGCAGCAGCGCUUACAAGAACUGGUGGAUCAUCGACUUCUAGUUCUACUACAGGUGAUGGCUCCAGUACAAAAGCGCCGGGUACGGCGCUUGGCGCGACCACUGCGACGACUUCCACGGUUGUGGGACCAUUAGUACACGACCACGAGUUCUCCCAGCCGGAGUUUUGGACGCAAAAGUCGCUCGCCUACGAUUCCUCCGAGGAUCCUGCGACCAGUCUGACGCUGACCUUAAACUGCGAGAGCGGCGAAUUGCACGGGCUCAAAAUCAGCGCGCGCAGCCAGGCCGAGGACAUGGAGAAGUUCGUCAUUGAGAGGGCGGCCACGCCGCCCUUCGUGGCGACUUGUUCUGCGGCCGCGGGGGUGCUGGGGGACGAGGUGCAGAUGAAAACGAAGAGGCUGGCGCAGGAGGAGUUGCACAAAAUGAUAGAGGAGGAGGAGAGAAGAAACAGGGCGGAAAUGGAUAGGUACGGAAGGUUGAUGGAAUUUCUUUGUGCAUUUUGUAGUAUGUCACGCGCACCAAGGUAGAGAUUGAAGUGGAAAUCUUAAUCUUCCAAUGAAAGCGAACAUCAACAUUAACAUUUACUGUUUCCGUUUCCGUAUCAAGAGCAACAAUGCGACUGCAAAACGUCGUCCGGGAUGAAGAAUUUCACGAAAGAAUUCAAAAUCCGGACAGAAUCCUUCACGAGCGCGCGCAACAAGCGAUCAAGAUCCAGGCUGCCGCGCGCGCCCGACGCGACCGGCGGCGGGCCCAGAGCCUGAAGAUGCAGAAAGAGGAAGAGCGCCUCCAGGAGUACGAACGGGUGGCUUUCGCGAAGCGGAUGGAGCGGGCGGCCACGAGGAUUCAGUCGCUGCAUAUCCAGGAAAAAACACCCAUCCACAUCCAAUUUGUCAUGCAGAACACGUAUAAAAUCCUGUGUCUGUCAUGCAAAAAAUGGAUGGGGAUGGGUUUUUUUCUGUGGAUACUGCACCGGGGGAGGCGGGCACGGAGCUUGACGGACGAAAUGCGCGAGAUGAGGAAGAACGGUAUAAUCACUAUCAUCUCGUCAAUCUUUUGUGAAGGUGACCACUAGAAGAUGGGUCCGCAACCAUGAUUAUAUCGCGCACAGUUAUUCUUGGCAAAAGAAUUCUAGGGAAACCCUCUUGCCACAAGAUGAACUCAGUCUUUAUCAUUUUUGCUUGUUAUACGCUUGUGCACGGAGAUCGUGCGGUUGUUGCAGCUUUUGCAAGGUCCGGAUGACUUGUGAGACUGACGUACAAACAAUGCGGAUAGUGCACUAAUUCUAAUACAAAUACAAUACUUUUAUCGCAGCCGCCUCCGAAGCGAUUCAGUCCCGUUGGCGGGGAGCGGAAGCUCGGGACUUGGUGAAAAACCUGAAAGAGUACAAGCAGAACCACGACCCGCGGACCAUUCGAACGACAAUGGCCAAGGAGAACCAGGCGCACAAGAUCAUGUCAAACUCUACAAGGUAUCAUGGGCAUUCCUCCUCGCAGAAGAGAAAAGCGAAGAAGAAGCUUAUCUUGCUGGACCUGCACCACGUGCACCACCACCACCAUUUCCAUCAGGUCAAGGCCGGCACUUCUAACCAGAGCGGGGCAGCUGUAGGUGGUGCGAGAACGUCUGAUGCUGCUCCUCGUGGUAGAGAACAGCAAUUAGAUGCCACGUUGAAGGAAAAGCACCAGGCAGCAGUGGAGCACCAAGCCACACAGUUGACGACCAAGACGUAUGUCGAAAAUAGAGCGGAAUCUCUCUACCAGGGGAACUACAAAAAAUUCAUGCUGGACAAUGUACGCGUUGUUCUGUUUCCUACGAUCAUGGAGCUUCAUAAUAAUCUAUCACUAUCAGAUACUGAUAGCUUAUAGAUAUUUCUGUGUAAUAACAGCUGGCUGCGACACAGUUGUCUUGGAAAAAUCAACAAAAGCAUGAUCAUGAAUUGAAAACUCCACCAACAUCGCAGCCUCCCUUCGAGUCCGCGGAGGAGUACUACAGUUACGCCUCGAAGCUGCCCGGUGACAAGCGCCUCGACUACCUUUCCCCGUACCAGUACACUGCGAAACAGCGCGGAAAUUACUAUGGAGCACCAGCCGCGGCGCACCACAACGUAGCGUCGACCUCCUCAUUGAAUGGAGGAGGCCAUCAUGCGGCCGGUAACGCAAUUGGCGGCCCUCGUCCCCCCGUGCACUCGAACCCGCACAGCAAGAGUAGUACGAAAGAGCGGUGGUUUGUGGACGGGAAACACAACAUGACAGCGCCGAGCUCCAAAAGCAGCAUGCGCAGCAAUAACAAAACCUCCAGCCACUUAAUUCGCAGUGUCGACGGGAGCAGCAGCGGCGCGGCGGGUGGUGCAGCUGGUGGAAUGAGCCUCAGCAAGAGUUCAUUUUACGGCAAGAAGGUGGACAAAACGCUUCAAAAACAGGCCGGUGCUGCUUCGAGAGGGUCACCAUAUGCGGAAAAACGGUUUCUACCCAAGAUAGUGUAAAAAGUGCAUGGUUUGUCCCUGGAGCUCGCUGUUAUUUGUGGUGGAAGACUUUUAGCAUCCGGCCACCUCGUACUUGGAAAUUUGUUCAAAAGGAGUUCAAAGAUGAGCUCAAAGCGAGUUCAGAACGAGUUCAAAGCGAGUUCAAUAAUUUGGACCAAGUCAGUUGACCUAUCGCAAAAAUCGCAAUGAGCCAGCUACCUUUUGUCGAAAGUCAAUUGCCUUUGCGUGGAGUUUGCGAGAAGUCAAUUGUCUUUGUUCGGAAUUUGCAUAAAGUCAAGUGCCUUGAUCCAAAUUUCAAGAAAAGUCAACUGACUUCUCCUGAAGUCGGCUCAUUUCGCAAACGGGCAGCAAAGCUUUGAAGUAUGUGCGCGUUUUUUUUUGCUAGGGCUCCGAAACGACCAGAGGCGCGCGCCGUUGGUUUGCGUUUUCCCGUGCCGCCCUGCGAUUUCGGGAACGGCCCGAAGACACGGGGACGACAAGACGCAAAAAGGGGCGCAAAGCCGCACAGCAGAGGCUCCCGUCUGCCUUCUCCACCCUCAGAUCUGUUCUCGGCGACUUCGCGACGGGAUUCAAGGGUGGGGAAACGGGGCGGGCGCCACUGCAUCUGCAGGAGAAGCAGAAACUGAGCGGCUGGGGCCCAAGUCGGACAGGCAUGGUAGUCCGUUGGCUUCCCCGCGAUUGAGUAGGUGCAGGGGCGUUGCUUGCAAAAAAGUCAAUUGUCUUUUUCAAAAAUUCGCAAAGAGUCAAUUGUCUUUUUCAAAAAUUUCCAAUAAGUCAAGUGCCUUCUUGCGGAAUUGGUAGGUCUUCUUGGUUGACUUUUAUUGCGAAAGACAGAAGCCAGUUGACUUUUCUGGAAAAGGCUCGCAGAAGUCAAUUUACUUCUCAUUGACUUUGCUCAGAAACGAGAACGCCACUGACGUCGCUCGGAAUCACACGAAAGCGAGGGGUCAUUUGACCUUGCUCGGAAAUCGCCAAAAGUCUUUUGACCUUUGCAAUUUUUUAGGUCAACUGAUAAUGGGCAAAUUAUUGAACUCGUAAUGAACUCGGAAUGAACUCGCUUUUGAACUCGUGCGCCAGUCUUUUUGUGUAAGAAGUGCAUGGUUUGUCCCUGGAGCUCGCUGUUAUUUGUGGUGGACGAGUUAAGCGCGCGCGUCACUGCGGUCGAGAAAGUAAAACUUGUGGCUGCGUACCCAUUGAUGCGUGUGGGAAGGAGGUUGCACGACGAGGAGUUGAGCCAAGUGGUCGCACACGCCGCGCAUCAAAAGGAGCAGGAAGCGUAGCCACAGUGCUGAUGCUGAAGACUAUACUCGUCACACACAUGCUUACAGUUACACUUAAUACACGGCGCAGCUUCAACAACAUGCUAUGGUAGUACACCUUCCACCGAUCCCGUUCCCGAAUGAGCAACCUUUACUAGUAGUACUUUGCCCUGGUGGAGAAAUAAAUGAGAAAUUAAUAGAUGAGUACUGUAUCUGUAUGAUGUUUGAAUUUGAUUCAAUUGGCUCCGACUCGUUUAAGUUUAUGUUUCGCAACAAGAACAACUUCAGCUUCAUCAUGAUCUCUCUUUCUUGUUUCGGUUUCACCAGCGCUAGCGCUAUACUUUAGUUAGUAAUAAAGGCAGCAGCUUAAAACAGCACUGUUCACUGUGGGCUUUUCUUGUGCUGAGAUCAUCUGAAUUGGGUCUACUUUGCUGGUGAGGAGCAGGAAGCGGACCCACGAGCAGUCAAGUGCUCGACACCUUGUACAAUUAUGUUGUGAAGACCCUGACGAACAAGAAGAAAAUGAACGCGGAGGCAAUCAAUUUGAAAGAUGAAGAUCAGGGUGGAAGGACCGAACACGCGGCAGCAAAAAUCGCGACGAGCCUUUCCGCACUGAUUGGGAGCGAGUGGCCGACCGCCGCGCGCUUGUGAUAGGCGUGAGACGAGGUUUUAUAUUCAUCGCUGGGCCCGCGCCCGUUAUUUUGUUUGAC